AUGCGUUUUCUCAGCAUCGAGCUUAUCUUUCUCGGGAUUUUAACAGUUGUAAAUGCUGGAGAUAAGCAUAUAACCAUUAUAAACAGCUGCGAUAGUGUGGUGACUGUUGGUGUAUUAACUAACGGCAGAACGGCAAGUUCCCCAGACAUGACUUUUGACUUGACACCUAAGGCCGAACGAGUUAUUACGGAGCAAGAUACUUGGGGAGGUCGUAUUUGGGGUCGUCAACAAUGCUCAGGAUCCAAGCAAAAUUCAGCAGACUGCGGUACUCCCGGUGCUUCAAAUCCAGCAACACUUGCAGAGUUCUUUUUCAAAGGUGCUUUCGGAAAAGACUUCUAUGACAUCAGCUUCGUCGAUGGAUACAACUUACCUAUGAGCAUUCAACCUCAGGAUACAGAGGGAGCAGAAGGCUACACCUGUGGAUCCCCAACUUGUAGUGAUGUACCGGCGUGCCCAGAUGAAAAUGCGAUUAAAGGUCCAUCUGGGCAGUUGAUAUCAUGUCAAAGUUCAUGCUCAAAGUCGAACACGGCCGAAACCUGCUGCACUGGAGACCACGAUGACCCGAACGUAUGCAAGCCCGACAGUUGGUCCGAAGAGGUAAAAAGUGCCUGCCCGGAUGCAUACAGCUUUGCUUAUGAUGAUCAGACAUCAACCUUUCAAUGCACUGUCGAAAACUACCAUGUAACCUUUUGUUAG